AAGAAAUGUCAGUCUGACUUCAUCAUUCGAAAUGUUAACAUCGUUCAAUUUUUGUCGUCGGUCUCAGUGCUUUUAGUAUUACUAUCUAUUUGUAUCCUUCUUAAAUCCUCUAUCAUCCCCGCCUUCAAAUCGAGCCUCUAUAAAAAAAAAAUCAAGUGCAUUGUUUAGGAUUUUCUUUCACCAAAAGAACAAAGAAAUGUUUGUUGUUUUCCAUUUAACUCUUCUAACUUUUUGAGCAAGAAAGAAAAAUAUCCUGCAGGGAUACAAGGAAAAAAUAAUACAAACACAGCGAACCUUAACACGCAUUUUUUUUUCGCCUAGAAAAUAAUUUUCUCUAAGAAAAAUUUUUCUUUUUUUAUAGAAUCAAAUAAAAUUUAAGGAUAAUACUAUAAAUAGUAAAAAGGAUAAAAAUAAUCGAAAGUGUGAUAAAAACGACACAAAUCUAAAAAAUAUAAAAAAGGAAUGUCCCAUUUUGCAGUCAGUGCAGGAGCCCCUUUUACAUAAUAGCCUCUGCCUCGCACGAAGAUAAAAAAAAAAACCCCAAAAAAAGAGAUCAUAGCAAAUUCGUAUCGUUAUCCCUAUUUCCAUAUAAGUGUUAGUCCUUGUUUCAUUUGUUGUUGUUGUUCCAUAACGUCACAGUAAAAAUGUGUUAAGUGUAACCAAAUUGGAAUUAGAAAAAAUUUAAAAAAAUAAAAUAUAAAAAUGAAUAAAAGUUCCGAAAACUUGAUUCAUGGGGGUGCAGGUGAUAUAUCCUCGGAAAGACAAUCUUCGGAAGAUGUCCAUGAAUCAGAUGCCGGUUUGGAGGAUUUCACAGACGACACAAACAAUUUUGAAUCGAAUCUCCGUAGGCGCAAGGGGAAAAUAAUAUCAUGUGCCAAGGAGACAAUUGAAAACGCAUCCCGCCAGUUGCGUCGCAAGGUUCCUUAUGCUGGACACUUAAUGACACCACGUAGAUUAUGGUUAAAUAAAAUUCCAACCCAAUGUGAUGUUGUAAUUGAGUUUCCAGAAGAUGCUCCCGAUGAGGCACUCCGAUGGCUGCUGGCACGUAUUCGAUCACAGCCACCUUCCGGUUUAGGUUUGGUAGCACAAGUAAAAGCACACGAGAGUACAAAACGUAAUGCGUUUUAUAUAAGCGCUCCGACAAAUAUCCUUUAUAAAGCCGCCGAAGAAGCCCGCCUACCAAAACGUUUGCGAACUGAUCUAGGAGGUGCCUUAAAAGAAUUUACAACACGCGAAUCACAUUGUUUUUUACAAAUUAAAUGUGAAGAUGGGAGCGCAUCGUUAUUUACUUCACAAGAACGCCAAUGGCUGGUGCUGCAAGUUUUGCAGGGAUUAAGAGCUGGACAAAGUGAUUUGGAUGCGCUGCAUGGCAGAGCAGCUGUUGAAGAGGGACAAAGUAUAGUUGCUGCCUGGCAAGAAUUGGGUUUGAUAACUCAAGUUUUUCCACUGCAUGAGACAAGUGCUUUAACAAAUCUACAAUCGAGUUGGGUGAAGCAAAUAUUUGCUCCACAGCCUUUAGAUGACAUUGCUGAAUAUUUUGGCGUCAAGGUGGCACUAUAUUUUGCCUGGCUUGGCCAUUACACGUGUGCUCUAGGAGUACCUGCAGUUUUUGGUUCCAUCCUUUAUGCUAUUUUAUGGGGCAAAGGUCAAACCGCUCAGGACAUGGGACAUGUCCUAUUCUCGUUAUUCAACGUUGCCUGGGCUUCAUUAUAUUUGGAAGCUUGGAAGCGAUAUUCAGUUGAGUUAGCAUUUCGUUGGGGAACAUUAUCAACGCCGCCAGAGCUCUUGGAACCUCCAAGGCCAUUAUACAAAGGUCCUUUGGUGGAAAGCAAUGUAACUGGACGUUUGGAACCUAAAGAAGCUCCAGCGUGGAAGCGACGUGCCUUCCGGUAUCUAGUCAGUUUUCCUAUCAUCGCUCUCUGCUUACUAUUGGUCUUCGUUGUAAUGUUUCUCAUGCUACGAUUUCAGGAUUGGUGGGAUGAAAAGUUACCCGAGGAAAGUGUCCUUUGCUGUCUAAGUGUGAUACCAAAAGUUUUACUUGCCGGUGCCAUCACUUUAAUGGACGAAGCAUAUUACAAGUUGGCGGUUUGGCUCAAUGAUAAGGAAAACUAUCGCCUCCAGUCAAAGUACGAGAAUCACCUCAUUGCCAAGGUUGCACUUUUUCAAUUUGUGAACUCGUUCCUAUCCCUGUUUUACAUAGCUUUCUAUCUCCGUGAUGAGGAAAAGCUUAAAGAGCAACUUGCCGGGCUGUUGAUUUCACGCCAAAUAAUCGGGAAUUUACGUGAAUCUGCUCUGCCGUACUGCAUCGAACAAUGGAAAUUGGCACGGUUGAGUUUUACGAUGUGGGGCGCCCUCAGCCCGACACAGGAUGUCAAUCGUACUAUCCUCGAUGAUGCACAAGUGCAUCAGCAACAAUCUUCAACGAAGAGUCCUAAUAAUGAGUCUAUUGACGGAGGAGGAGGACAUGGUUCCACAACAACACCGGCGGCUGUGGGAGGAGGAGCAGGUGCCAGCCCGAGUCCUAGCGGUGGCAAUCUACCGGCAAUGGGGUCGUUGUCGUCAUCUGCCACAAAACGUAACAUCGGCCAAGCGGAAAUCGAAAGCUCUUUGUUUAAGUACGAUGGAACAUUUUCCGAUCACCUGGAGAUGUUGGUGCAGAUGGGUUAUGUGGUGUUGUUUUCGGCCGCUUUUCCACUGGCUGGCAUUUGUGCGUUAGUUAAUAAUUUAAUGGAGAUACGUUCGGAUGCUUUUAAACUGGCACAUGUCCAUCAGAGACCCUUUGGGCAGAGAGUGGCCAAUAUUGGGACAUGGCAGAAUGCAUUGAGUGUAUUGAGUUUGGCAGCAGUCAUUGUCAAUUGUGCAUUGAUUGGCUUAUCUGGUCAGGUGUCAAGGUUAUGGCCCGGAUUGACAACGACACAAACAAUUAUUUUAAUUGUUACAUUAGAGCACAUAAUGCUUGGCCUACGUUCAGCUCUAACAUGGCUCCUGCCCGAACUACCAUCAUGGUUGGCAGCUGAAAUAGCUCGUGCAGAACAUUGUCGUCGUGAAAUGCAAUGCAAAGGUACAACACCCAGACCGACACCUCCAACACCACCAUCGACAACAUCCCUUUCACAUCAAGACGCAGAACAGAUGACACCAAUGGAUGCGGCAACAACUAACGAUCAAUCACUGGAAAGCCAGUUGGCUGAGGAUAUUCUCUACCAAUCUCCGGAUCAAUUGCAUCACGGUAAUUUGUUGCAAUUUGAAGAGAUUCCGUUUGUUGGUCGUUUGGAUAGAAAUAUUGACGCUGAUGCAAAUAUUUUCGAAAAUAGAGACUCAUCACCGGAUUCACCACCAUCGCAGUUAUCCACAAAAACAAGUACAAUACUUAUUCGUCCAUUACAUGAAACAACUUCACCUCAUAGUGGAAUUUCAAUGCUGAGUUUACAACAAGAGUUGGCUGCUGCUGGAGCUAGCGCAUGUAAAGGUUGUAAGCAGAAAGUAAAAAUUCCGGAAAUCCCUUCAUUUAGAGGAUAUUCUGUGCGAAAUUUAAGCUCAAUACAAAAUCAAAGAAUGCAAGCUUUUUCAGGCCCAACAUCGGGAAGUGCUGGUACAUUGGCAAUGUCCUCGAAACCAAUACAAAUUCCAGAAAUUCCACCAUUUCGAAAGAAAUCCAAUGAUUCGGCUGAAUGUGCGAGCUCGAGCAGUCCAAGUCCUAGAUCAACGCCAUUGAGAUAUCUCCAAAUGACACCACCGAAAAUUCAAGAAAUUCCACCCUUCAAAAUUCGAAAGACAUCGGCAGAGAGCACACAAAAUUUGCCAAUAACUGAUAAAGCAGCAGCAAUGCAUCAACCUCAUGUCCCUGAAUGGAUGUCACGCUUAAAAGUUACUGAACCAAUAAAUAUUCAUAGGAGUAUUGAUUGCAUAGCAGUAAAGGAAUUAGCAAACAACUCAGAAACGGAUAUUUUAAAGCCUGCCCCAUCAUGGAGCAAUGUUGCCAGCAGCAAACCAAUUCCAAUAGCUGGAGGUACCCCAGUAAAUACAACAACAACGACAAUUACACCAUCAGCAUUGCCAAUUGUCACACAGUCUUCAAGGCCGAGUGUCAGUGGGACGUCAUCAUCCUCAUCUUCAUCACAUCAAACGGAUAAAGAUAAGGAUAAAGAAAAGGAUAAGGAUAAGGACCACCAAAAUCAACAACAAAUGAAGAAUGGUAAAGCCGAUGGAAAGGGUUCAAAUACGACGGAUGAUGAGGCGAAAGCUGAAGAGCUAGCAGCUAAAAAAUCCCGCUUAAAGCAAAAGCUUGUCAAAAGUGCCCGAUCAGUUGCAAUAUUUUCUCUUAAGCUCAAAGAGCGCCGACAAAGAGAGGCCGAAAAAGCUGCUAAUAUUGCAAUAGAGCAUGCAAAGGCUCUAGCAAAGCUUCCACCAAUCUCACAACCAGGCGGUGAGCUUUCUCUCAUACCCAUCGAAAAGCUUAUACAAGUAGACGACAUCAGACCAACAACGAGAUCACCUCCAAAAGGCAAUUCAGCAGCGGGAUCAUUCUAAAAAAAUAAAAUAUCGAUCAAAUCUAAAAGAUACAUUGUAAAUAUAAUUCCAUCCAAACUUUACACAAAAAGCACAAAACAAACUUCAUACAAAACAAAAAAUUAAGAGAAAAAAGCUUCGACAUCUGACAUUAAGAGAAAAAUUCAUUUAAUAUUUAUAGAAAAAGUAUACAUUUUCUAGAGAAAAGUAAAAAAGUAGCAUUUAGAAUGCAUUUAGAGAAAUAAAAGCAAUUAAAUGGUUAAUUUUAUGAACAAAGAAACAAAACAAAAAAAACAUUAAAAAUACGAAAACAAAAAAAAAACGCUAAAUUGUUAAACCAUUACAAAGAUCUAGAUUGCAAAAAUUUAGAAAAAAAAAAACAAACUAUUUGUUCGUAGGGCAGAAAAGAAAAUUCAUAGAAAAACUAUCAUACCGGAUUACAACAGGUUACACAAAAAAAAAAAAGUAUUAAUUUCUCAUAAAAAAACUUAGUCCAAAUUUCAAAAAAAAACCUUUCUAAAGUGUCGAAAGAAUAGAUAUGAAAAUAAAAAAAAAAAUACAAGAAAAUUGAGUCCUUCCUUUUAAAAGUGACUACUAUAUACUUACAUUGUUAUGAUAUGGAAUAAGCAUUAACUACGAGUACACACAACAAAA